AACCUGAGGUUAUGUCUUCGUGGCACCUGUGUUCGCUGUAAGUUCCCAGCGAUUUCCUCUGUGCAUUUUUAAGAUGCUGUGCACUACCAUCCUGAAUGCCAACGUCCUACUGAACCGGUUAAAAUAGGAUGUCAACAAGUGACGCAGCAGAGCUGGAGCUCAGAGUUGCAGGAGUAGGAGGAGGAGAGACAACGACGCCUCAGUGCGCCACAGCUAGGACAUGGACUCCAACUGCAAGUGAACACCAGGACAAUACAUCAGCAGGCAGUUUAGGAAAGGACAAGGAUUAUCAUUGGGGUCAUUCAGAGGUCAAGAUCCAGAACGCUGCUGGUUCCAUCCUCGUCACCAGCCUCAUACUCAGACUCUCCAAUCCAAACCUGGGACUAGAGAAGACUCUCGAGGCAUGGUCCAGUUUGGUUGACCCAGAGUUAGCUGAGACCAAGAACAGCACCUUGCAGGUUAAUGGAACUUCAUCCUCCAUAGAAACAACCAGCGUUUGUCCAUCGUCGGAGACAAUCCUGUUUUCAACCAAGAAGAAAGAAAAACUCCUCAAUGUUGUUAACCAUGAUCUGGGAAUAACCAGCAACCUGAACAGAACUCACAUUCUUUCUAACAGUAACACCAGAGCAAAUGAACAUAAUGACUUGUACGGACGUCCAUGUGAGUCACAGUCCAGACGGUGCCCCGGAUCUUUAAUUAGAACUGAAAAAGACGAGAAACGACACCAAACACACCUUGAAAACCAGUCUUAUUUUGGCAACCAUUCGGAUGAACCUGUACCCAUGUUGUCUUCCACCAUGGUAACAGUUCUCGCUCCUCAGUGGGGUGGUCGUAUAAGACGGACCAAAAGGUUUGAUGGAACUGGAUAUUCAGAAGCUCAGGCGGAUUUGCAAGAAGCUGCAAAUACGUCACCAAAUCACCAACAAGGUGUAAAGAAUGUGUUGAUGGAUGGAUCGAAGAUUCCAAGGAGAGUCCAGAGAACCAGAAGUAAUACAGUGGGCUGGUCAAGUAAAAGUGAUCCUUCAAGCUUGGAUUUUAACACUAAAAAGGACAUGAUUUCAGCUGUUUCAUUAGAUUCGGGCGCUAUAAGUCCUUUAGCCAUUUCUCCAAUGUCUUGGUCUCCCCCCUCCCCUAACCUUAAUGAACAAAGGCAUCCCCAUUUGGACCUCCAAGGACGACAAUCAUCUCUUAGCUCAAAUUCUUUUAGAAGAAUUAAGCCUAAUACCACAAACUCCAGUCAAAUUUCUGUCCUCCCUGAGGGGAAGUCCUCAUCUCGGAACUGUUCUCUCAAUAAUAAUGAACAAGAGAGACCAAAGUCUGUUCUCUCUCCUUCACCAGUUUCUUACAGGACAACUGAAACCGGACUGGCACGCUCUCCUGUUGGCUCCGAUCACAGAGAGAGAAACAUAUCUGAGAAGUUUUCAUUUCUAACUUCACCAACAAGCAGGACUACAAAAGACAAUUCUUAUACCCAACAGUCUCAAAUGACCCAAACUAGUUUUACAUCUUCCAAACCUACAUUUCAGAGGCAGCAAAAUUGUGAGAAUGUGGACAACACGAUCCCAUUCUCAGAGAGCUCAAUUUCUCCCACUAGAUAUUUUCCGCUUGAUCACUCUACUCCUUUAAAAACUCACAGUCUUCCAAGGCGAACAAACCUGAAAUCCACUUCCUGGUGGAAACAAGUUUCUCAGGAAAGCAGUUCUCCUCUCAGUGUGAAAAACACAAACAAGAAAGACUAUGAGAAAACGGACUCUCUGCGUCUGACAGACAACAAAAGACUGGGUCGUUAUAUGCUUAACAGUGAUAACAACAACACAGUAGAGUUAGCUCGCAAAAGUAACCUGAACCGCUCUUUAAAGAUGCGGUCACCUGAAUCAGAAAGAACUGCCAUCCAGCAGCAUGGCUUAAAUGUAGACAAUAGACAACCACAAAAACCUCACAGUAUGCCUGAUUGUCGGCCUGCUUCUAAAGUUAGCACAGUUUUAGCACAAACAACACUAAAGCAAACCAAGGUUCCAGACAAGAAUGAUGAAAGAAAGACUUUGCUCUCAGCACAUGUACCUUCAUCUACUUCAUUUACUCCCAUGACCUCCAAUCUGCCCGCAGAUAACUUUGGUAAAUACAGUGGUUCUCCACUGAAAUCCACCAGUGCACCUACAUCUCAAAACAAAAUGGACACACAAAAGUUGAGCAAACCCCCUCUUUUCCAUAAUUAUUCCUCCACUCCGAGCGAUCAACCUUAUCCUUCUCAAACUACCUACAUCAACUCCUCAGAUUCAAACACAAAAAAUACACUCUCUUUCCAGUCUCAACAAGAUUCUUCUAGCAACAAGGUUCACUCUUCUUCAGCUCAAACAUCAACGUUUACCAGUAAAUCCAACGUCUCACCUCUUGGUUUUAAAAGAAGCUAUGUCUGCCUUCCUAAACCUUACAACUCGAAACCUGUGACCAGCCUUAUUCCCUCGGUAAACACUCUCAAUAAAACAAGAGGCAGCUACACAUCAGCCACUCCAACCACAUCCUCUGCUCCCACUCCUCGUAGCCCAUCCACCCUAAGCCCUCCUGUCGCUUCCACCAUGACAUCACCAACUCCUGUGAGUGUCUCUUCUCUCCCAACGCCUCCUGCAACUCCUGGGAUUGCUAGUCCGACCUCAGAACCGUCUCCCCCCAAGUUAAAAAGCAUAGUUUAUAACAGUCUAGAAAGAGAACCAAAAAAACAUGGAAAGAGAGAGAGGCGAGUAACAUGGCAGGACUCGGUGGAUGGACAGUGUUCAGAGUCAGUCAGUGUGGAGAAGCCAGAUUUUCCCCAAGUCCGGCCAAACUCUUCAGCUCCCACAAAUCUCACCCAAAGUCCCCCCUCUGUCUUCUCGUAUCCACAGUCAGGUAGCCCAGAAGGGGGUGACCACAAGACUUUUAACAAUACGCAGCCGGGAAAAGGAGGAAAAUAUCGCUCCUUAUCAUCCGACUGUGCUCAGGUAGUGACCAGGGAGCGUGGCAUAAACAAGCACACAGUUGGUGAUACUAUGAGCUCCGACCAGGGAGUACAGGGCCCAUUUACAACCAGGCAAGAACGUACGCAGUCAGUGGAGUCUGGGACAGUUCAGUGUCGUUACUCUGCUCCCCUUUCCCUCCCUCCUGAUUUCCCCAGUGGUUAUAAACAUCGCUAUAGCAUCCCACCUUACUCUACACUAAUGUCUACCAGGCAGACAAAAGGAGAGCUGAAGACCUCGCCACAGACAUUUCUGAUUCCCCAACCUUCUCAUUUAAAUCCCACUCCACAGACGUCAUCAGAUGCUAACCUAUUUGUGUCCACUUUCAAACCCCCUUUGUCUCCUGUCAGACCAUCCCAGACUUGUUUAACGCCUUUCCAAAGUGGAACUGCAAAACAAGAAAGCUCGGUAUGCAGUCUUUCAGACACUGACCGGGUCAACAAUAAUAACCUUCAAGGCCACAUCCAAUAUCAGCCAAAUAGUCAGAUACAGCUUUUUGACAACAGGGUUCAUAUCACCUCACAGUCUCUUUUAGGUGAUGAGGAACAUAGCUUCUCUUCAACCUGCGUAACCGAAACACUUGUUUACAAAAUUAAAUCUAAAUCAGAUGCAGCUACAGACACCCCAAAGAACACCACGCCUACAUCUUCACAACACAACACAAACACUUUGGUUUCUGUGGAGACCAAGUUUAAGCCACAGCCAGGCUCAGCACAAAGUAAUGAAGCAGUUGAAAGGUCGUGCGGGCAUUCUGAUCAGAGCUCCAGUGAUGGCAGAUCAACAAAGAGUGAAAACAGUCUUGAUGGAACCAGUAACGCAGGCACGAAGGAGAGUGUUCUGGGCAAAAGUAGGUUUUAUUCAGUUGAGGUUAAUAAUGAAGAAAGUCCUAAGAAAAGCCGGUUUGGCAUAAAGAGAAGCGUCAGCACACCAAGCUCUAGUUUAUCUAGGUCGGAGUCGGACAGAGUCGCCAAGAGUUACAACAAAGUGGACCAGAUGUUUAACAAACUGAAGCAAAAAUUCAGCUCCAAGCGAACGGAGGAGGAUUCGUCCUUCCCAUGGAAGUGGAGGCGAACUUCCCAAACACCUUCUGUCAGUGGAUCAAGUGACGUGAGCAGUGUCAGCGAUGCCAGCACAGACAGUACCAAAACUCUGGAGGAACGAAGAGAGGAGAAAGAGAUGAUGCUGAAAAGCAAGGCAGUGAAAACAGAGGGCACAAAAAGACAAACUGACAAUAGAUACGCCCUUGUACCAGCACUGUCUGCUGGAGAAAGAAAGGCAGGAAAUGAUUUGCCCAUGUGGUCAGAAAAUCCCGCUCAUGGUAACAAAAGAGAGGAUCUGAAUUCUUGUGCAGCACCUCAAAGUCAAAUUCAUCUGACAGUCCAUGGCCCAGUUGAAAAGUUUGAUAUGUGUGAAAACAGUGAGAGACAGCAUACAGCUACGAGCCAGUUCCUCUCCCGCUCGGAUCACAGUAUUGAUGGAAGCCUCAGCCCUAAUGCUGCUUAUCCAACUCAGAGCAGGAAGUCUACACCCAGCCCCAGGAGUCCCUUCUCACCAUUUUCCUCUCUUUCACCUGUCUCCCCAUUUUCAACUGCGGAAGUGUUUGAGGACAAUGUGUUCUUCAGCCCAAAGCUUCAGCGGCGCAGGGAAUCCUCAUCUCCAUUUGAGCCCGUGGAUGGAAUCAGAUUGGGAGUCUCAAGAAGGAGCCGGGCAUCUACUGGUCCCCCCACUUCAAGUCCAGGAAAGGAUAACGAACCCUUUACGUCAUCGUAUGCAGAUUUAAAGUAUGGCAUUGAACCAGGGAGAUCCUUUUCUGUAAGCUCUGUCCUCUCCAGUCGACCGGCGCGGCCUGGACGGAUUUCGAAUGGAACCAGGUUUAUGAGCGUGGGUGAUCUUUCUCACCCCGCUCUGUCUUCUGCAAGUAGUGGCAAUGAGUUGCACCAGAGGUCCGUCACACCUGCUGAAAUGGGUCAGUUUUAUACCCAGCAUGACCCUCACAUGUCACGAUUCCCUUGUGAUGCUGAGAAGAUGCGAUCCAGAUCCCUUCCUCGAUCAUUGACUCAGUGUUUGGCAAAGUGGAGCUCAGGAGUACCUCCUUCUCAGUCUAAUACUAAUGCCCCCUCAAACACAAGUCUUCUUCGCAGCCCCAGCAGUAACAUCUGCCACUUUUCAUGGGAUACAGAGGGUCCCCCAACCCCUCCUCCAACACCUCCCCUCUCACCAGUAACCAGACGCAUGUCCAAACCUACUAGUCUUCCUACCCCCGCCUUUCCCAGCUCACCAGAAGCAGACGGCCAGUCCUCCAGAACGCAUCGCCUCUCAAGGGGCUUUGUGUCCAGUCUCAACACUUUUGACGAAUCCUCAGGCAGUAACUCUGACACAACAACGGACGAUGAAUAUUACAUAGACUCAGACGAUGGAGAAAAGGAGACAGAGCUGUGAAAGGAGUCUGGACAAGAACAAAAAGCAGGAAACUUUGUGGAAAGAAAUCUGUUUUUUUUGUUUUGUUUUGUUUUUUUUCAUGAUGACUCUUUUGUGUCUCCUGUUUUGGUUUAUUUUGCAACAAGAAAGGCACGAGGGUAGCUCUGACAAAGACUUGCCUUGCUUGAGCUGCUUUUUAAAAUUUGUGUACCAAGUCCUGGCAGGACGUUGGGUCACUGCAUGAGCAAGCCUGACACAAUCAGCAUUGUUUCAUGUACAGUCUAUUCUAUUUGUAUGCAGCUUCUCAGUUUAUAAAUACCAAAUGGGGAUUGAUUUUAACAUUUGUAGUGUUGUGGCAUGGUGGGUGCGCCCAGUGCUUCUAAGUAUACAUGUGGUAGUUUUAAAAGAACAAAGCGCUCUGUAACAUUAAGCUUUUGGCACAAUCUCUGUCUUCAGCUUUGCAUUUCAUUCUGCCAGGUGACAAUAUGGACGAAGGUGCAUGAUAGGCUGUCCUGUGAGGUUUCAUGAUCUCUAUUGUCUUUGACCAUUGAAGGGAGUAAAAACUGUUUUCUUAAAGAUUUGUAAUGUCUGUAAAUAUGAGAAAUUUACACUGGAAUUGAAACUAUGAAUAUUUUCUGUCCAACAUUCUGCUCUUAUUUGCACAAGGACAAUUCUAAAUCUUAAUAUAUCUGUUUUAUAAAUAAAUUUGACUUUUCUAACAUAGCCUUUUGACUUUCCCUGCAUCUUUUAUGUCAGCGAUGAUUUUUAGAGGCAAUAAAAUUUUAUUUGCAUGUAAGGCAAAAGGAAUAAAAGCCUGAGGCGCCAUUCCUGUUUCUGGGUUACUUUCUAACCUGAGUGCCAACGACAGUCUCUGCUAUAGGUGGAGCCAUCCAAAGGCCUCACAGUGAACAGCUCCUCCCUGUCGCUAGUAGUUGUGGCAACCAGCGAACUGCUGUGGUGAUGGUUAGAUAAAUCAUCCUUUGACCCCAGUGGUUGAUCAAUACUCCGCAUGUUCGCUGGAAGUGUACUUUGUGACUUUCCGAGAUGCCUUGACACCAAGGCAACACAUUCUGCUUCAAAUUAUCAAGUCCUGACAUCAUCUGGGAAGGGCUUUGCUGCUUCACAGCAUAUGUCAUCCUGAAUGCACUGCCUUCACAUCCACUGUUCCAUUUUGCAAAACAUUCUUGUUUUUAUAUAUAGCUCCCAGUUAGCCAGCUUUUCUUGACUUUUGUGCUCUUGCGAAGAAUUCAUAAGACUUUUCAAAGGCUGUGAAGUUUCUAUCUUAAGACAUUGGAAGUUUAAUUAAUUUAGGCUUGUCAUGAUCGGUCUCACAGAAUUUAGUUUCUGAGUCUUUGUAAUGUUUUAUUUUUAAGCAUCAAAGCUUAAAAAGGAAUAGAUCAGUGUCAUGAAUCUUUUGGUUCUUUGUGUUUAGGCUUUGGCAGCAAGAACAAUUUCACUACUUAGAGGCCAAAAGUAGCAGAUCGGCAGAUCUAAAGCAGUUUUGUUUUUUUUUGGGGGGGGGGGGGGGGGGGGGUUGUACACGCAUGUUGAUGCUUAGGGAGGAUAGAUUUCUCAGGUUCUUUGCCAGAUCCCUGCUGGCUUUUUUGGAAUUAUUAUUUUUUACUGUACUUCAUGUGCUGCCAUUUUCUUAGUCAUUAUCCCUUCAGGUUAUUAUUACGCCGUUCUUUGUUUUUCAUCUUACACCUCUUUAGGAAUCAUCUCGUUGAUGCUAAAAUAACUGCGUGUCAGACUCUGAUAUCGCAGGAAUUCCGGUGUUAAUUGUUGCUGCUAGAAACAAAGUGCUAAAAGAUACAAUUUUAGGAAAGGUUCUUCCUUGGCCUGCAGGAAAUUGUGGUGCAACCUCUCAUUCUAUCGUCAUGUUUUCUGCUCUCCCUGAGAAUUUGAGUCUUGAUCACCAGGACCUAUUUUCACUGUGAGGAGGGAUAUACCACAAGUCCAUCAAAAUGGCAAAAUAUUUUAUUACCAAGCAUUGCACCUGAAAUACUAAAGCCUAUCAAAUAUUCCAUCCUUGCAGCUGAUUGGUAGCAAAUAUUCCAAAAAUUCUUUUAAAAAAAUUAAAAAGCCAAUUACAUAAAGUCUGGCUCAAAUAUGCGAUUCUGUUAUAUUUAUAUUAAAGUGAAAAACUGGUUAUGCACCAAAGCGUUUCACCCAUUAUUCCCAUCAGAAAUCUUCUUCCAGCACAAUAAGUAAACUGUUUAUCAAUAUAUCAGGGUAGCUGAUUAAAAAAAAAAAAGCCAAAGGGGAACCUAUCUUGUAUUAUGCAACAUGAUAAAGGAGAGAGGUGUUACCGCACUGACACUGUUUAUUUUAUUGGGAGUGGUUCUAUAGAGUUAUAGACGAGAGCUUGGACUUUGAAAUGUCACUGUGAUUGAACCGCAACGUCACUGUUGCCACAAUAAACAUACACACUGGACGCGCACCAUUGCUUUUUUUUUUUUACAAAAGCAAAAAAAUUAAUAAAAAUAGAUUGCCUUGUAACAUAGAAACUUUAGGUAAGAUUAGUGAUUUCAAUGAAUCUACUUUUAGCAUUUUAUAACAUGGCUGUUAGGCUGCAGAGUCUCUUAUCAAUUUAUGAGCAUGAGCAGGUGUGAGAAACUGGAAAUUGGACAGUUUACCUAAUAAAAUGAACAAAGAUAUAGUUUAAUCAGACUCAAUAUAUUAUCAUAGCCUUGAUAGAUAGUUGACCCAUCGGUAUGGCAAAGUUUAUUUACUUUAAUUUCCCCAAAGGGGUUUUUCAAAAAGAGCGACUUAACAACUAGUGAAAAAAGAAAAACUUGGAAAUUUUAUUUCAAAAGAAAAAAAAAACGACGUAUCAUUGUGAUGCACUCAUUAAAACAAAUAAGGGAAGCUGUGUGUCAGCUAAGUGUACCAAUGCUGCCCUCUGGUGGACUAACGUCUUACAUCGAGACGCAGUCGGUAUCUGAUGUCUUCUUCUCUUCUUUGCCGUUUAAUCGGAACAUUUUAGCAGCAACGGCAUUUUCAUUGUUUCACAUUACUGCCUCAGUCAAAAGUUUACACAAACUCAACAGGGGUAUUAAUGUCAUUUCAUGAAAGGUUCAACACGUAGCUUUCACUUUAAUUCAACCCUGGUUUAAAUGGAUUGGUUUCCUGGCUCCGACCGAACCAAAGCACGGCCCGAGACGAUUCAGA